AUGCGCUCAGACGAUGACGAGGAAGGCCACCCGCUGGAGAUCGGCGAGCCAACGGACGUGAAACACGUGGCGCACGUCACGUUCGACCGAUUUAAGGGCUUCCUGGGUCUCCCAGAAGACAUCGAGGGCGAGCUGCCGUGCCGCGCGCCCAGUGCGGGUCGGUCUGUGUUCGGCGUGCAGCCGGAGCUGCUGCAGUGCUCACAGGACGAGUUCGGCAACAGCGUGCCCAACAUCCUGCUGCAGCUGCAGGCGCUGUUAUACGUCAAAAAGGGGUUACAGACGGAGGGCAUAUUCCGCGUGGCGGCGGAGAACGACCACGAGGACGAGAUCAGGGACCAGGUCAACAUGGGGCUCGUGCCGCAGAGCAUCAACGUGCACGCGCUCGCGGGGUUGAUUAAGGCGUGGUUCCGCGAGCUACCACAAGGGCUGUUGGAUUCCUUGCCAGUGGAGGUGGUGGCGGCGUGCGAGACGGAGGAGCAGAUGCUGGCGCUCGUGGCGGAGCUGCCAGAGACGCAGAGCAUGCUGCUGGACUGGGUGGUGGGACUCAUGGCGGACGUGGUGCAAUUCGAGGAGCGCAACAAGAUGAACGCUCGGAACAUCGCGAUGGUGUUCGCGCCCAACAUGACUCAGGUGCUCGACCCUAUCAUGGGCCUGAGACACGCAGUGAAGGUGAUGGACUUACUGCGAGUGCUCAUUGAGAGGAAGCAGCAGGAGCCUCUAAGGGAGGGCGGCAGUGCGGCGCUUAAAGCCUUUGUUUACUGCACCCAGCCGCCCACUAUUGAGAUUUUCGAGGAACCCCGGCAGAGAAGCGGGCCGGCGUUUGGGCGGGACUGGGAUGCGGAGCGGCGGAAGAUUGCAGCAGAGGAAACAGGAGCAGCGGGGGGUGUUGGAGGGAGAGGGAGUCUGGACGGGAGGGAUGUGGCGGAAGGGAGGGAGGGUGAGGGAGAGGAUGAGGUUGGGGCAGGGGAGAUGGAGCUACGAGGUGCAGAGGAAGGCGUGGGGUCAGGCCCAAGCGUGGAAGGCCAGCAAAGGGCCGGUUCAUCUGGUGCUUCUGGUCCCCGAGGUGCUAAGAAGCUGCUGCACAAGUUUGGCACAGGGCUCAAGGUGGUAACACCUGGCGGGGGCUCUGGGGGCGGCUCUAGUGGGGAAUCGUCGUCGCCCCGCGGGCAGCUGUUACGAAGGUCAUUUAGCUCCAAGGGGUCGGGGUUAGGGCCGGCUGCUGAUAAGGUAUCGGCGGCGGCGGCUUCUGUGUCGACAGGAGGGGUGCCGCCGCCUGCCCCAGAUAGGCCUUCCCGAGUUCUACCUCCCACGCCCCGCAUGGCUAAUAUGCUAGAGAAGCCGGUGAGGAACGUGGAGAAGGCUACCAGGGGGGUGGGGAAGCUUGCGAGAAGCUUCUCAGGGAAUAUUGACGGGCACUGGGGUGCUAUAAAGCGGGAGAUGGGGUUGGCAGUGCGCGGCAAGGGGCGGAGUAGUUUGUCCGGUAAUGCAGCGGGUCCGGUUUCGUCAGCACCGGGUGGAGUGGACAUGACAGGAGUGGGCGGGUUAGGGAUGGGGAGAACUGAUGGUGGAGGGGCAGAAAGACCGUGGGAAGCUACUGGGCAUGUUGAGGAGGGGCGGGAAAUUCUAGAUGGGGUUAUGGAGCAUGGGGUUGAGGCUACCCUAGAAGCUGUAGAUGCUGUAGAUGCUAUAGGUUCUGUAGAUGUGGGCAUGGGUGUAGGGUUGAUGGGAAGGGAUGGUGGAGAAGGAGGGGAUGCAGCGGUUGAUAUGGAGGGAGGGGAAAUGGCAGUUGAUGUUGUCGUUUGCACGACUCCUGGACGGAGGGAGGAGGGAGGUUCUGGGUCGGAUGAAGAUGUGACAAUGGAGGGGGCAGAAGAGGGCUCCAGCAAGAAGCUAGGGGAUGAUGAUGAUGAAAGUGGGGAUGUGGGGAAAGGGUCUUGGGAAGGAGAGAGCGGUGAGUCUGAUUUUAGUUACGGCGCUGUAGGAACGUGCCAACUCUUCCUCCUCUAUUUCCUUCUCUCCGCCAUGGCCCUCGAUCUGCGAAAGUCCAUCACCAAUGCUCGACUCGCCGACGCAUCUUCCCUCGAACCUUCCGACCGAGCAUUUUCGCUCUCCCGUCUCCUCUCGCCACGAGGCGGCAUUCCCCGCUCCUCCUCAUUUUCGCGCGGAAACGACAAAAACGACGUCAAAUCGAACGUCUCUGCACUUUCAGCCUCCGGGUUAUCCGCAAAUGCUACGUCUGCAGCCGAACCUGCCGGGCUGCAUUCCGAAGCAGCACGCACAGGCUCGGGUGAAGCCGGCAGCGGCGGUUGGGAAGCUCCUCAGGCUACUGCCUCAGCAAGGGUAGCGUCGGCGGUUGAAGGUUCAGAGCAGCCGAAGCUGUUAUUGGAAGCGCGUUCAGGCCGCAUUGCACACGUCAGCCAGGGGUUGUUGCGCGACUUGGGUUACACCAGCCCUGAAGAUUUUGGCGGGAAAAGCUUGUACGAUUUGGCGGAUGGACUCUAUGAAGCUGAUUGGUCGAGAGCCGUAGAGGCGGUGACGAAGAACAGUCGCGCUUCGGUGCGAAUUCACUUCAAGCUGCUGAAAAGCGACAGAGCUGGCGAUCUUGUCGGCACGCGCGUUGCUCUCUCUCUGGCUGUCGCAGGCAACAAAGAGAGCGUCGCAGGCGAUGGACCGUCGCCAGCAUUCCUCCUCGGCGACUUGUCGCCAGCGCCGCCGCAGUCAUCGGCGCCGGCGGCGGGAGCGGCCAGCGGUUUCCGGGUGCGACGCGUGGAGGUGAUAAUAGAAGAACGGCCCAAGGCCGCGCUUCAAGAAACGACGGGUAAAGGGGCUGCCGAAACCGCUCUAAUGGGAGUAACUGUCGAACGUCGAGAGAUUAAUGGCAUCCCUUGGAAAUACCAAGACAUUAGAGCCUCAGAAUGCGACAGCCUUGGCGACGGGAUUGGGGACUCGAGUCGCAUAGGUGGCGAGUCCUGCGACAACUCUCUCGAGAGUUCUUCCACGUCAGCAGAGCCCCAUUCCACGUCACCGCAGGAACAGAUUACUUCGCCAGGGUCGGACUGGCAGGCGGGAAGCGAGACGAAUAGCGAUUGGUCGAGGGAGAGCGAGUCGCAGCAGCAGGGCUUGAAAAACGGCAUUGGAGGAGCAGCAACGAGGGGAAGCCACGCGCAGCGGAGCGCAAUGUUUUCCGCGUUUGGCGCGCCCUCCGGGUCGACCACUCCCCCUCGCGCUCUCUCCCGCCCCCCUCGCCCCUCCCGCGGAAACAGCUACGGGGGAAGCGGCUCUCGGACGCGUACCGGGGGCUAUCACUCUGCGCGCAAGCCGCCCGUGCCACGUGUCAGCAGCACAGGUUCAAUGAAAUCGGUACAAUUUCAGGACUCGUUAGAGUCCGUUCGUUGUAGAAGCAGAUCGCGAUGCGACAAGGUUGAGAAUCAAGAGGGGGAAGAGGAGGACGAGCAGGAGGAGGAAGAAGAGGAGGAAAAUGGGUUGGAGAUAGACGAAGAAGGAUUGGCAUUAGCUCUAAAAGAAGAUCCCGACGACGAGGAUGCUCCUAACGAGGAUGCCUACAGUGAAGCAGAAGCCGACGACAUCACAUUCCCAAUCGCGCCUCUCGAGGAACUGGAGGACGAAUUUGAAGACGACGACGACGAUGAUGAGGACGCGUAUAUCGGGGAUGGCAGGGAUGGGGAGAGCGCGACAGUCGCACGGCAUAUCUCGGACGUUCGUGAGAGGCUUGCGGCGCGGAGAUCGUGCCACCUGGCGCGCGGAGGGCGCGAGAUGGAUGCGGACGCGAUAUCGGACGAGGACGAGGACGAGGAGUCGUGGGAGCGCGUGAAGCAGCGGUGGGCCGCGCAGCAGCAGCGCCUGCAGCAGCGGGAGCAGCAGCAGGUGGAGCAAGCGGUUCAGGUAGCGAGGGAGAGGGAGAGGGAGCGCGAGAGGGAGAGGGCGGGGAGAGGCGCGGAGGAGGGCAAGAAGCGGGCGUUCGGGAAGUGGGUGGGCGGGGUCUGGGCGGGGGACGGGGGAGAAGGAAUGGAAAGUGAGGGAGGAGGAAACAGGGAGGGAGGGUGGCGGGGUGAGCGGAGCGUUAGGAGCGAUAGCCAUGCUGGCAGAUCGCUGCGCAUGAGCCUGAGCAUGGGGCGAUCACAGUCCCCUGCCGCCCCAGCUGCCUCUAGUUAUGGUCAAGGCAAUGAUGAGGGGAAGGUGCGGGAGAGGGAGAAGGAACGGAAAGGCCCAGCCCUAAGCAAGGCGAUGAGCUUCGGGAGAGUGAGCUUUUCGCUUUCGUCUCCUUCAAAGAGAGAACCUAGGAGGUCAAGCAGGCUCGAGAGUGGUGAAGCGGAGGACUGGAGUGAGGAUCGUCGGGUGGCUGCUAGUCGGUUUGCGGAGGAGAGAGGGGGGAGCGGAGUGGGGGUGCAACAGGAGAGAGGGAAGGAGGAAAAGGAGCAAGAGGAGGAAUUUUUCUGGCUGGGAUCUCCUGUGAGGGAAGACAAGGAGACUAAGGACUUGAAUGCUCGCUCUGUCUCUUGCACUGACAGCGGCACAGGCAGCAGUCUUGAAAACAGCAACAGCACUGUCACAAGAAGCAACAGCAUUCGGGGAAGGCUAAAGCUAUCGCUGUCACCUCUCAAUGUUGACGACUCGGAACCACCAAGCGAGACCAGCCCCGCCUCUCCCGCUAUCAUCUCCAUUCCUUCUCAACCCCUCUCUCGUCCGCCCUCCCGCACUCCCUCCCUCAUCGCACGCUCCUCCUCCUCCGAUGACGCCCGCCGGCUUCGCAAGCAGCGCUCAGAGCCAGAGCACGACCUCAACAGCAUCCCAGCACCGCUCUGCACCGCCCCCGACCCCAACGGUUUAUCUGCUGGCUCACAGCCCUGCGGAGGAGAGGCAUCCACGCCUGGGCGGCGGCUGUUCAGUGCCCUGAGUCACCGGGGAGUGGUUGGUGCUGCCAAGAAGGCCCUUGAGGCAGUCAGCUCCCCUCGCCGCUCCCACGGCUCUCUGUUCGCCUCCGCAUCUGCAGAGUGUGCCUCGUCUCGUGAAGAUGGCACUGAUGGUGUCACUGCUGGUGGUGGUGGUGGGAGGGGAGGAGGAGGGGGAGUAGAGCCCCUGAUUGGCUCGCCGCGGUUCUUCUCGUCUUCCUCGCGCCCGUCGUCUCUCCGCCCCUCGGCGUCCCAUGACAGCUACACAUCUUCUCCCUCCUCCCGUCUCUCUUCAUCUCCAUCUACGCGCAUCGUGCCACGCUCUUCGUCUCUGGAGGUCCCAAGUUCGGCUGGAGUGCCGAGGAGUGUGUCGCAGGAGAGCGGUUCUUACACCAACGGCACCAGGGAAAGCGGUGUUGCCUCACGCCGCCGCAGCCUGCUUGCCCCGUCUUCGGCUAGGGAGGAUGGUGGUGUGGGGAGUGUGAGUGGAGUAGAAGGUGUGCAUGGGGGCCUGCAGCAGCUGUCUGGGCUGCAGGCUCAAGGUGUACCCGGUGGUGGAGGAGGAUGUGGAUUUUCCACUCCUGAUUCCGUCGCCUUGGCCGAAAAGGCGGCACUGUUGGCAUUUGCGAAAGCCUUCGACAACCACCCGGUGUUCUUCAAGUGGGGGUCGUGGGCGAACGUAUCGCUGGGCAUGCAGUACAACACGUCCAAGCCCUGCGUGCAGUUCUGGAAGUGGAUCACCUGCGACGGCGAAGGCCGCGUUAACGCCAUCGACAUAGGCAACCCCAUGAUGGUGGGCAAGGACCCGUCGUACGGCAAGGGGCGGUCGCCUGGCGCGCUGAAGGGGCAGAUCCCGUGGGCCAAGAUGACGGCACUGGAGAACCUCGUGCUCAUUAAUCUGCAGGGCAACGACGUCUACGGUCCCGUGCUGCCGCCGAUAAUCUCCAAGUUCUCCAAGCUCAAGGAAAUCAUGUUCGAGGGCAACCGGUUCGUGGGUCCCAUGCCCGAGGAGGUAUCGGCGCUCAAGAGCCUGCAGAAAAUCGACGUGAGUCUAAACCAAAUCACGGGGUCAAUUCCACGUGGCAUCGCCACGCUGGCCAAUCUGACGUGGCUCGCGCUUUCGCAAAACCAGAUGGCCGACGUUCUGCCUCCCGAGCUCGGCGACUUGACUCAAUUAAAAAAACUGGACAUUGGCGGGAACUCGUUUCAAGGCACGCUGCCGGAAAGCUGGGGCAAACUACAGAAGCUAGAGCUGCUCAAUCUGCAGAAGCUGAAUCUGAACGGCUCGUUCCCCGACUCGUGGGCGGGCAUGACGUCGCUGCAGCACUUCGUGGCGCCCGCCGCGCGCAUCCAGAGCCGCUUCCCGUCCUUCCUGCUCAAGCUAAAAAACAUCUCCGACAUUGUGCUGUACAACAACGAGCUGUGGGGUCCACUGCCGCCCGCCAAGGAGCUCUUUGCGCCCCGCACGCUCACCGCACUGGACGUGAGUUCCAACUUUCUCAACGGCACGGUACCGGCAGUGCCUGCCGGCCGCAACAUCGACUUCAAGUAUUACACCAACUGUCUCAACGCAUCUACCAACCCAGCCCUGCAGGAUCAGACGCCGCAGGACCCCGCGGAAUGCACCAAGUUCUACAACACCCUCAAAUUCGCCUCGGAGCUCUCAAGCGCAAGCUAUAACGGAACGGAGACCGUUCAAACCACGGAGUACGUGCCGGCGUCCAAGACCCCCAUGAUCGUCGGCAUCACCGUGUCGCUGGCCAUCGCCAUCGCUGCUGUGGGGGGCGCCAUCUGGUUCCUCUACUACACCAAGCGCGGCCAGAGCAUCUCCAAGAUGUUCACCAAGGGCCUCCGCCAGGCGACACGCGAGUUCACACUGAAGCAGAUGAAGGCAGCGACCAACAACUGGCAGACGGUCAUCGGCAAGGGAGGCUACGGCACCGUGUACAAGGCCACGCUCAAGGACGGGCAACUCGUGGCCGUGAAGCGCCUGGACCAAGUAUCCAAGCAAGGCGACGUGGAGUUCAUCCGAGAAGUGGAGCUGCUGUCGCGCGUGCACCACCGGCAUCUCGUGAACCUCGUGGGGUUCUGCGCUGAGAAGGGCGAGCGCGCGCUGAUCUACGAGUACAUGGCGAUGGGGUCGCUGUAUGAGCAUCUGCAUGGGGAGAGCGCAAAAGAGUACCCGCUGUCGUGGGAUAGCAGGACCAAGAUUGCGAUUCACGUGGCGCUGGGGAUUGAGUAUCUGCACUAUGGUGCCGACCCGCCCCUCAUUCAUCGUGAUAUCAAGUCGGCCAACAUUCUUCUGUCGGACGACGGCUACUCAAAGGUGGCUGACUUCGGUCUCUGCAAGGAGGCGCCCAUCGGGGCGGGCGCGGACGGUGGGGAGCAGCUGGUGCCCACGGCGACAGCGGUGCGGGGGUCGUUUGGGUACCUGGACCCCGAGUACGUCAACACGAGUAUCCUCUCAGAGAAGUCUGACGUGUACAGCUACGGUGUGGUGCUGCUGGAGCUCAUCUCGGGCCACAAGUCCAUCCACGAGUGGCAGCCCCUUGCUUACUGGGCGGAGGAGUACCUAGCGGACAGGGAGAAGACCCCUCUCAUGGUGGACCCCAAGCUCGAGGGCAACUUUGAUCUCGACGAGCUCUACGCGCUCUGUGACAUCGCGCGCACCUGCGUGCAGGACCAGGCCGUCAACCGCCCCACCAUCCGCGACGUCGCGAAAGCCCUUGUGGAAAACCUCGGCCACGCCACGUCCAGCUACGCCGGCAGCCACCGGGAUUCCGCGUCUAUCAUGUCGUCGUCCCAGUCAGACGCCACGUCACUGCCGUCCUCGUCGUAUCCGUCCACGACUGAGUCAUCGGAGUUCAGCUAUCAGAAUUACUCAGAGACGCUGCACUGGGCGCCGGGGGAUGACAAUUCGAAUGCGCAGUCGAGCAAGUCGGGGUCGGUGGCGCUGUCCAAGGGCGCCAAGGGCGACCACUUGCCUGUGCCCGUGCCGCGCCGCCCGGAUUUCCCCCCGGAUGAGGCGUAA